AGUUCUGGUUUAGUCCUGGUUUAGUCCUGGUUUAGUCCUGGUUUAGUCCUGGUUUAGACCUGGUUUAGUCCUGGUUUAGUCCUGGUUUAGUUCUGGUUUAGUCCUGGUUUAGUUCUGGUUUAGUCCUGGUUUAGUUCUGGUUUAGUCCUGGUUUAGUUCUGGUUUAGUUCUGGUUUAGUCCUGGUUUUAGUCCUGGUUUAGUCCUGGUUUAGACCUGGUUUAGUCCUGGUUUAGUCCUGGUUUAGACCUGGUUUAGUCCUGGUUUAGUCCUGGUUUAGUUCUGGUUCAGUCCUGGUUUAGUUCUGGUUUAGUCCUGGUUUAGUUCUGGUUUAGUCCUGGUUUAGUCCUGGUUUAGUCCUGGUUUAGACCUGGUUUAGUCCUGGUUUAGACCUGGUUUAGUCCUGGUUUAGACCUGGUUUAGUCCUGGUUUAGUUCUGGUUUAGUCCUGGUUUAGUCCUGGUUUAGUCCUGGUUUAGUUCUGGUUUAGUCCUGGUUUAGUCCUGGUUUAGUUCUGGUUUAGUCCUGGUUUAGUCCUGGUUUAGUCCUGGUUUAGUUCUGGUUUAGUCCUGGUUUAGUCCUGGUUUAGUCCUGGUUUAGUCCUGGUUUAGUCCUGGUUGUGUAAUUCAUUUAUUUCAACAAAGUAACUGUAAUCCAAUUCCCACUCACUGAAACAGUAACUGUAACUGAAUACUCAUCAUUUGUACUCUGAUUACAUCACUCCAGUACUUGUAAUCUGUUACUCCAACACUGUAAACUGACAUAAACAAAAGUACUAAACAAACUAAACCAAUGUGUCUGCAGUGGUGUUUUUCUGGACACCUGCAGCUGCUCACACUGGACUCAAACCAAAUGAAGUGAAAUGAAGCAAAGUCCACAGACAAACAAAAGACAAAGGAAAAAGAGCAGGACACUGAGAGGAGACGUCAGUGUAAGAUUCACAAACAAGUCGCUCAGUCAUUUCUGCAAAGGGAAAUAAUCAAAUAGAUGUUUUAGUUUGUAGAUGAAGGUUUGGACAUGGACAGAAUUAAACUGAACUUUACACCAAACUGGAAACAGGACGUGUGUUUGUGGAACGUGGAAAAAGAAAUUUAAUGAAGAAAAGCAGCAGUGAUUUUAUUCACUUUUACAACUGUAUCUAAGCAACGGUGCAUUGUGUUUGUCUGACUUGGUUUUUUUUCCAUGGAGAUUUUGUUGCUUUGCCUGAAAUGUUCCACAGUGGCAUUAAACUGAUCUGUCUCCUGUUUAUUCCAGUACAGACGCUGUUGUUUUUUAUUGCUUGAAAAACAUAAGCAGGGUUGUUUAAUGCAAGACUGUGGAGCAUUGUGGACAAAGCAACAGCAUCUCCAUGGAGACGAGGAGGGAAGAGAAAAGUUACACAGUGCAGCUUUAAGUCUUUGUUGUUUUUUAAGGCUGUAAAUGGUGUAGUUCUUCUAUAAAGUGUGACUGAAACACCUGAGGACACAGGCAAAGUUUAUGAAAUAUUUCAACAGUUACACAUUUUUAUACAGUUUUAUCUCCAGACGUUGCAGAUUUGCAACAGCUAAAUUCCAAUGACCUACUUACUUCACAUCCAUAUUUUAUGAGCUUUUUUUACUCAGGAGCCUUUUCUCCCAUCCAGGCUGAUAAACGUGGGUGAUGCAGACUGAGCAAGAACGACUCCACACAAACGACCAGAAGUGUAAAAUACUUUUUUUUGUUUACAAAGGAUAAAAAAGUCAGGAUUGUUUAUUAUUACCCCAUAUUAUAAUCUUCCCCAAAUAUCAGAUUUUUCCUGAUGCUAAAAAUGUAUUUGAGCCUGAGAGGGUUAAAAAAAAAAUAAAAACAUGAGUUUAUUUUGGGAUGGUCCAUAUUUAUUUCUAAGAACGUUUCACAAGUUUUAGCAGAUAAAAACUUGAGUGUCACUAGCGCCGAAUAACCACAAACCUGAGCCUCUUUCAGGAUUCUAAUGAAUAAAAUGAUUUAUAAUUCAACUUUAUUGUCACUGUUCUGUCAGUCUGUAUCUGAAGUCCACAGGAUCUGGGCUCAGUCGUUCUUCACAACCACCAACACCUUCACUGUGCACCUCAAACCACCAUGAGACAAUGAACCUCAACAUGGAUCUAUUAUAGUUCUGUGGAACAGAUGAGACGUCACCAAACAAGGGUGUAAAGUCACUAACAGUAAAUAUUUAAACUGACCUGAACUGAGGCCGAUGUAGAUGUUUGAUGUGUCCAGCAGAGGGCGUCACCUCCAACAAUCUAAGUGAAGUAGAAGAAUAAUAACGGUGCUCUACUCUGUCAGAUGAAAAGACGAGACGACAAGAGGCAAAUAAGUCAUUUAAGAGAAAUAUCUGAAUCACAUCACGAGACCGAACCUCAGUCACUGAACCAACCAGAGCCGAGGAAAGAGAAUGAAGAUAAAGGAUCUGGAGAGGAAGAGGAUGAGGAUGAAGGAUCUGGAGAGGAAGAGGAUGAGGAUGAAGGAUCUGGAGAGGAAGAGGAUGAGGAUGAAGGAUCUGGAGAGGAAGAGGAUGAGGAUGAAGGAUCUGGAGGGGAAGAGGAAGAGGAUGAAGGAUCUGGAGAGGAAGAGGAUGAGGAUGAAGGAGAGUAUGUUGCUCCUCCUGUGCUCGAGGGGGAGGUGAAGAUAAACCCUGGAAAAGGAACACAAGGGACAGAUGAUUUGUCUUUUGCAUCUCAGGACUGCAGGGUUUAUUCUGCAGCACUGUCCCUUGGAUUCCUAACUCCUUCUACCGGUGCGCCCCCUAGUGGCACUCCACAGGCGAGAUCAUAUUAAAAUAUAUAUAUAUAGAGGGUGUCUGUUUUUCCAAUUACUGACAUUAACAUAGAAAAUGCAUUACUUCAUUUGAGCUGUUUU